AUGCCCCAAAAAGCAACAAGUCAUGUUAAUCAAAAGUCGAAGCAGCCAAAAGAUGAAUUGCCUGUUUCCAUUCACCCAGAUGAUGCCAAAGACAAAGUAUUCACCGCUAUAUUGAAAGCCUUGUUGAAGAUGGGCAACAAACCAAGCUCACCCAAAGAGCUUGCCAACACAAUUGUUAAGCACAAGUAUGCGACACUUGGUGGUGCCACGCCUUUUGCUACAGUCUCUUCUCGUAUAUCUCAACACUUCAAACGAGCUGCAGAACACAAUCCACCCAGAGCGCCGCUAUUGGCCAAGCAUGUCGAUCAACAUCACUCUAGAAAGAUAAAUUAUUCACUUGCUACUGAUUCUGUGCCCAAUGAUGGUUCAGCGACAGAAACACAUGAUGAUACAACUACCGCAGCAAACACUGCAGCAGACAGCCAACACGAUGAGGCAGCAUCUAGCUCGAAACCUCGUAGAUCAAGCAAAAUCACACCUACUAAAAAGUUGAGAUCGCGCACCAUCAUGGAAGAGCAACAGGAUGACGGCGAUAAUGAGCACGAUGAAGAAGAGGACGACGAUGAGCAUGUAUUGAAAAAGCUAAAACACAGCAAUAGACACUCCACAUCGAUACAUCCUAGCCAAAAAGAGCCUCAGCCAUCCACCAUUGCUGGCUAUGCGCCUCCUCAGACAUCGACAGCAAACGACGCGGAUCAAGACAACAGCGAUGGAGAAUUGUCAGACUACCACGAAGAGAUGCUAAAGGGAGACGAUGCUGAACUCGAUGUGCCAAUUCAUCCUGGGCGACGCUUCUCUCGACGAACCUCCACACUCAGCAAAUCUGCAUUGAACAAACCCUCCUCUACUGCCACUUCCACUGCUCCAUCCAAAUCAAAAUCGCAUGAUACCGACAUUACUAAUACAACUAUAACCCACACUACACCUCCAUCACCACCCCCAACUACAACACAAGAUACAUCCUCCAAAAACACUGCCACCACCUCACAUACACGGGCAACUACAGCGGCCGCCAUACCACCACCGCCAUCAUCAUCACCUUCCUCAUCCAAAUCACUGGCACCACCACCAUUAGACAAUAGCAACGGCACCAGAAAACCAUCCUUCUCAUUCAGCAGUGGAUUUCCUGGAGACCAAGAGCUGUGGACGCCAUUUAGUUUUGAACAUGAUUUUGAUAACGUCUUCUUGCAAGAUGCUUCCACUGCGCAUCAUAUUCCAUUUCACAUUGCAACGCCUGAAUCUGUGUCAGUAUCUGAAUUGGACGACUACUUUGCAAGCACAUCAAAUACAACCACAAGAACGCAGCGGAAAAGUUUCUCAUCAGCCAUGCUUGGUCCAAACGAUAAAUCACUAUUACAAAAAGUUCUUUUAGCUAGUGCAGCGAGGGGAGUAGCUGAUAAGAUUGACGAAGAGGAUGAAGCUGGAUCAGACAACAAGGGGGAUACGAAGCAACCAUCGCUAGCUGCCAAAGCAAGUACAGACAGUGCGCCUAGCACACCUGCUGCAGCAACAACUGCUACUGCAACGGAUACUGCCAAAACUGCCUCUACCACACCGUCGAUUAAUGCUGAUAAGGGGAAGGCUACACAAGUGAAAUCGGAAGCGACAGUGCCCAAAUUAAUACAGCCACCUAUCAGUAGUUCCAGCUUAAUGGACGUAGACAAUGGCGAGGAUUUUGUCAAGUUUGAAGACGAUGAGAAAAAGGAACCUCCAACAACAUCUGGGCCCCCAUUGCCUGCUCCCAUCAAUACCACACUGACUACGCCAGCAACACCACCACUACCAGCGGCAGCAGCAACUGCCAAGAAGGUGACAGACAUCUUACCCGCUACACCGACUACCUUAUCAGCAGCAGAAAUUCUGAAAUCCAUGAACAUUCAAAACAUGAACUUAUCAGCACUGCAUCAAAUGACAUCGAAUAUUCCUAGUUUGCAGCAUUUAUCGCCUACAUUUGAUUUGGCUAAAACCAUGGCAGCUUACAUGCAAUCACUUGCGAAAUCAGCCAAUGCCAGCGCGUCUUCUUCCAACUCGCCUCAUGCCAUGGAUCUCAAAACCAUCUUGGCUCGAUUUCCUGCGCUGGAAGCAUUCAUCAAAAAGGAGCCAUCACCUGCUAGUGGCAGUGGCACAGCGACACCGCCCCUCAUGUCGCCUACCGCCUCCACUACAGCCAUCGCAGCAGCCCCCGUCACCACUUCUUCUUCUUCCGCCUCCUCCUCCACCUCAGCAACACCUUCUGAUUUUGUUCCCAAUUUGAUUAGUGGCGCCCCUAGUCCCAGCACCACCACAGCACCAUCAUUUACUGCAGGCAGUACGGAACCCAUUGUGCAUACAUUAACCACCAUGAAUCCACCCAUGUAUAUAACCCUGAUAGAUCAUAUUGCAGUAUGUAUCGUUGUAUUACCGAAAACAGACACCACUCCUGAAUAUCGCAUUAUGCGUCGUGUGGAUACGGGGUUCAUCAACGGCACUGUUCUCUUGACUGCAGGUGGAAUCGAAACAGAAAGUGAGCGCAGUAUGAUUCUCAGCUUCGAAAUGGAGCGUGUACGGAUGCCCAAAAAGAAGAGUCAGUUGUUUGGUACCUGGAUUCCGUUGCGUCGUGCACAAGAACUCGCUGUUACUUGCUCUAUUCAGCACAAGCUAGGUCAUUUCCUGGAGGAUUCCAUCGAGUCGUACUUUCCAUCCCCUCUGCCUAUUCAAAUCAACACGCGCAAACCUGCUCGAGACAGUCGUCUCACAGCAUUGGCUCUGGCUGCUCUAAGAUCAGAAACCAAGAACAAUGGCUUCAUUGUGCCUCCCAUCUCGCGUCAGUCUUCUUCGUCGGGCAGUAUGGCAGCUGCACAGUUGCAAGAGUUGCUAUUGACACAUCCUCACAAGGCGCUGAAAUCCAAUGGUAUGCUAGGCAACAAGGCUCCUCUGCUGGGUCGCUAUGAUGACAAGGAUGAACCUGUACUGCCUGCCAAAGCAGUGCAUCACCACCACCACCACCACCACAAUUCACAUCGCAACAAUUCGUCUGCCAGUGCUAGUAGUAUCAACAGCAGUAGUGGUGUCAGUGAGAAGGAAGACAGUGAUGUAGAUAUCGUGAAUUCCAGUGAUUCAUCAGCUGUUGCUUCAUCCAACGAAGAAGAGAGUGAUUCCGAAGCAGACGACAAGUCAAGAAAAUCAGCUACCUCAGCCUCAUCCAGUCAACAACAGCAACCAUCAGCUCCACCACAGCCACCUACCAUCAACUUGGAAGAGAUCCUCAACAGAGUGACAUCCAAACAGCCAAUGCACAUUCAUCCUCGUGAUUUGCAAAAGAAACGCAGAAGAAGUUCCAUUGCUGCUGAGAAGGAUAAAGAGGAGCCUGCGCCCAAAGCGACCAAGUCAUCGCACUCGCGAAAGAAGAAUAGCAGCAGCGGCAGCAGCAGUAGUAGUGGAGGUAAAUGGGGCAACAAUACCAAGUCAUCUGCUAGUGUGGCCAUCAAGAAGUCAAGUGGUGGAUCUGGCACUACGAUUACUAUUAAACGACCUACAUCGUCUCAUACAGCUCACUCAUCAACAGUAACAGCAGGAGCAUCAGCAACAACGCAUACUAACAAGAAAUCCAAUACCAUCAGAAAGGAAGAGGUACUGGAUAAUGUCGUGGUGGAGCAUAAAGCCGAAUCAAUGCAACACUCUGCUGCUAAAUCGAUGGCUACAGGCACCACAGACGAAGACAACGACGGGGAGGAUAACGAUGGAAAAGAUGCACUCAAGGCGGUCAAGACAGCCAUAUCAUCUGUAGCUGCUGUGGAUCAAGACGACGAUGAUGAAGACGAUGAGGAUAUUGACAUUGGAGGUAGCGAUUUUGAUGACGAUCUUCGCUGA